UCUUCCCCCUCUCUGUCUUCACGAGUUCUCCUCCCGAAACCUGCGCGAGGCGUCCACUGAAAGCGCGAGACGAUUCCCCCCUCUCCCCUUCACUUCAGUCAACAUGGCUACAGUUGUAACCUCGACCAGAUUCACAGACGAAUAUCAGCUGUACGAGGAACUCGGAAAGGGUGCCUUCUCCGUCGUCCGCCGAUGCGUCAAGAAGUCCACCGGCCAGGAGUAUGCUGCUAAAAUCAUAAACACAAAAAAGCUCUCUGCCAGAGAUCACCAGAAACUGGAACGGGAGGCAAGAAUUUGUCGUCUGCUGAAACAUCCAAACAUAGUACGACUCCAUGACAGCAUCUCAGAGGAAGGUUUCCAUUACCUUGUCUUUGACCUUGUCACUGGAGGAGAGCUGUUUGAGGACAUUGUUGCUAGAGAGUAUUACAGCGAGGCAGAUGCCAGUCACUGCAUCAAUCAGAUCCUGGAGAGCGUCAGUCACAUCCACCAGCAUGACAUUGUGCAUAGGGACCUCAAGCCGGAGAACCUGCUCCUGGCCAGUAAGAUGAAGGGAGCAGCUGUGAAGCUUGCAGACUUUGGUCUGGCCAUCGAGGUGCAGGGCGACCAACAGGCAUGGUUUGGUUUUGCGGGAACUCCAGGGUAUCUGUCCCCAGAGGUGUUGAGAAAGGACCCGUACGGCAAGCCAGUGGACAUAUGGGCAUGUGGUGUGAUCCUGUACAUCUUAUUGGUGGGCUACCCUCCCUUCUGGGACGAGGACCAACACAAACUGUACCAACAAAUCAAGGCCGGUGCAUAUGACUUUCCCUCUCCAGAGUGGGACACAGUGACCCCUGAGGCCAAGAAUCUGAUCAAUCAGAUGUUAACGAUCAACCCUGCCAAAAGGAUCACUGCCGACCAGGCCCUCAAGCAUCCAUGGGUCUGCCAACGCUCCACUGUGGCCUCCAUGAUGCACCGUCAAGAGACUGUGGAAUGUCUCCGCAAGUUCAACGCCAGGAGGAAACUUAAAGGAGCUAUCCUCACAACGAUGCUGGUGUCCAGGAACUUCUCAGUGGGACGGCAGCAUACCAGCCCUGCCGCUACCACCAGCACGGCCGCUAUGGCACAGGAAGCUUGCAAAACCUUACUAAACAAAAAGUCGGACGGUGUGAAGUCGCAGGGAACCAACAGUAAAAACAGUGUAGUAAGCAGCAGCAGCACCAAAGACAGCAGCAUGUCAUCUUCAGCACCAAUGGAAGCCCAGACAACUGUUGUACACAACCCAGCUGAUGGCACCAAGGGCUCCACAGAGAGCUGUAAUAACACAGAAGAGGAGGACAUGAAAGGUAGGAAAGUGGCUGUCAGUGAGUCUACUAGUACAGACAGUGCAGUGUUAAGCCAGUGCAGCACUACUGAGGAAGGGACCCCAACCGUGUCUCCUCAUUGCCCAGCACCCAUCUCUGGUCCCCUGCAGGAGGCUCCUAGCAGCCCCAGAGUUCCUGUAGCUCAGACCAGUCCAGCUCAGAGCUCUUGUCCUGAACCAGAGUCGGCUCUGUCACCUCUCACAGGCAGCAGCGGCAACCUGCAGCAGACUCGUAAACAGGAGAUAAUAAAGAUGACAGAGCAGUUGAUUGAAGCUAUCAACAAUGGGGAUUUUGAGGCUUACACGAGAAUCUGUGACCCUGGACUGACUUCUUUUGAGCCAGAAGCUCUUGGAAACCUGGUGGAGGGGAUGGACUUUCACAAGUUCUACUUUGAGAAUCUGCUGAGUAAAAACAGUAAGCCAGUGCACACCACCAUACUCAACCCCCACGUCCAUCUGAUUGGUGAGGACGCUGCCUGCAUCGCCUACAUCCGCCUGACGCAGUACAUCGACAGCCAGGGCCGGCCGCGCUCCUGCCAGUCAGAGGAGACGCGCGUGUGGCAUCGCCGCGACGCCAAAUGGCUCAAUGUGCACUUCCACUGCUCAGGAGCACCGGCUGCACCCCUGCAGUGAACCGACAACUCAGGCCCAGCUUUGCCUGAACUCUAAAGCUCUUUGGAGCAUUUAUUCUCCGUGGACGGAUUGGUACCUGGAUCCUGGACGGGAAGAGGCUGC